AGCUUUUGUCUUUCGCGUCCGAAAUACCUGCGCCUGUUUUCUGUAGUUUAAGAUCCGAUGGCGUCAUCAGAACCGUGUGGUCGCACCCCUGUGAAGAAGAAAAGUGGGCGCAGGUACUGCUCUGUCAAAGACUGCCACAGUCGCGAAGGGACGCCAGGCGUGAGGCUGUACAGUUUUCCGUCAAAGCCUUGGGAGAAGUCACGAAGGCAAAAAUGGAUUAUCGCCGUGCGACGAGUCAAUUUUGAGGACUCCUCUAGCUGGCAGCCUAAUCGAGAUUCGAGGGUGUGUUCCAAACAUUUUGUGAAUGGCGAGAAAAGCACAAUUGAAAGCCACCCAGGUUAUGUACCAACAAUAUUCCCGACCGUGUACAAGAAGAGGUCCACUUCAUCUACUGCUCAGCUGGCUAGAUUUAAUAGGUGGAAGCAGCGGUACUCUGGGUCAUCUGCAUCACUGGCUACUCCUGCAUCAGCUGAUUCCCCUGGACCAGCUUCUCCCUACACAGCUGAGACAGGAGCCAUUGGUACCAGCAGCCUUGCCACAGUUGAUCUAGCAACUAGUACAGACCUGUUGUACGAGCGGAGCUCGACAGAGGGCUUAGAUCUACUGUCCACUGUCGCUGCUGAGCUUUGCACUGCAGUAAAAUCCGUGGUAAGCUCCUGA